AGGCACGCAAGAGGAAAGUAGCGUGUGGUGAUGAUCGAGAUAUUUUGCGGGUGCGACAAAGAUGGCUUUUCAUCGCGCCGUAGCGGUUAUCGAGGGCGGCUGAGCCGUACAACUGUCGCGCGCGCCGCGGCGACACGAGGACCGGGAUCCCCUUCUGCUCCGGGGAGCACGGAGCCAGCGUCUGUAUAUAACUGGCCACCGGCCGGCGCCGCCCCUCGCCCCUGUUCAGGAAACGCGCGAAUCCACUGUCGAGCUUGUCACAGCACCAGGUCGGGCGAAUUGAGUUGGGGUCUGACGGUCGGCCGGCGAGGCGGUGGGAAGGGGAGACAUGAGCGAGGGCACGCUGGAGAUGAAGCGGCUGCGCGUCGGCAGCGGCUGCAGCAUUGGCGCCGUCGCCGACGACUGGAACGGCCGGGGGCGGUGCAUCGGCGCCCGGAUCCGGGGAGUCAACGUGGGCAUCCUGGACGAGCAGGUGCUGGUGCUGGUCUUCCGCGCGCUCAACUGGGACCCGCAGGCGCUCUGCUCCGUGGCGCGCGUCAGCCGCCGCCUCCGCGCCGUCGCCGAGCGGGUGCUGUGGCGCGAGCUCUGCGGCUCGCGCGCGCCGCGGAUGGUGUCCGCGCUCACGGCGGGGUCGUCCUCCGCGCCCGGGUCGGGCCGCGUCGGCGGCGGGUGGCCGGCGCUGGCGAAGCUGCUCCUCUUCUGCUGCGGCGCGGCGGGCGCCGGCGUGCCGGGCCACUUCGCCCCGGUCUCCCGCUUCUCCAAGACGUCCGGGCGGAGCUUCCUGUCGCGGCGCUGCGGCGGGGACCUGCUGUACGUGUCGGACCCGUGCGAGCACGCCGUGCCCGGAACCGCCGGCGACGAGGACGUGGGCGCGUACCGCGGCGUGUUCCGCGGCUUCAUGCGCUCCCGCACGCGGGCCUGCCUGGUGGGCGGCCGCGCCCCGCUGGAGCCGCGCGUGCGCUGCCCCUACUGCGGCGCGCGCGUGUGGAGCGUGACGGCGGCGGGGCUGGCGCCGCGCAGCGCGUGCCGCCGCCUCGGCGCGCACGAGGGCCGGCUCGAGUACUUCGUCUGCGUCAGCGGCCACCUCCACGGCAGCUGCUGGCUCGCGCGCCUCUCCGACAGCGACGGCGAGCGCGACGGCUCCGGCUCCCUCUCCGACGACGGCGACGCGUUCGGCGCCAGCGAGGAGGAAGACGACAGGCGCAUGGCGCUGUAAUAAAGCUCAGAUCUUUGCUUGUUUUGCUAGCCACAUGAUGAAAGUAGCAUGCUCCUUUUUUUCUUCCCUGGCUGUUUUGUUUGCUUGAAACUCGUGGCUCCUGUCUCUUGCGGCGUGUUGCGCAAUCGAUACCUGCACCAUUGCAAGCCUGUUCUUACCGGUUUCAGAUGCGAACGCGUGGCCAGCCUAGAGGAAAACGUUUCGCAUCCGGCGACCGAUCGCUCGUCGUCCCCGCUCCCGCGCGAUCCUAUAUUAGCCUGGUUUUUCGGCCUAAACUAGAGUGUUGCUUUUUUUUAAGAAAUAUACAGUAUUGUUUCCAGAUUUAUAACAAUUAGAUAAAAAAUUUGUUGUAAACCUACACGACAUAAUUUGUAAGAUUUUUCUAAGUGAUAUGUUACGAAAAUGUGUGUUUCCUGAUA